GUUCUUCUCCGGGUGACCAACCAUUCUAUUACACUUUCUUUCCCACAUGAACGACUCAGUCUCAGUUUAAAACUCGUCACUCACUCACUGCGCUAUAUUCUUCUUCAUUCAUGGCCUCUCCAUGAACACAUACAUAAUAACCGCAUGCAUACUCUUCAUCACUAAAAUGCCUUUCCGUUUUACCCUUAAAUUUUCUUUAAUAUCCAAAACUCUCAUCGGAGCCAACCACACCUCUGCUCGUUUCUGCUCUCGCUAAGUAAUUGUUCCAUCCGUGCUUACUUUUUCGGUAGAAAGUUUUUUUUUUUUUCAUUUUGGAUUGAUUCUUUUAUUUUCUCUGAAAUAUUUUUUACACUAACAUGAUGGAGCCCAGUACGGGGAAGCCUAGUUUUCUGAGGAAUAUUCUGAUACGACUGCUUCUAUUCGGUGUUUUAAUCAUAGUCGCUAGAUUUGCCUACGUUGUUACCGUUACCGGUGAAUCAUGCGCUCGGGGAAACUUUUGUUUCUUUUCAUUGCCGGAAAAUUUCAACCUGGUUAUUCCCGCUGCGGGUACUGGAGCUUCAUCGAUCGCGGCUAACAAAGUCGUCCGAUCUAAUUCGGUGGGUCCCAGUCGUCAGGAUCUGUACACCAGCAAAGAGUGGAUCACAGCCGUCCAUUUCUAUUCAUCUGUCUUCCAGAAUCUGAUAUCCGAAGGCUACCUUCGUCCAAACGCCAAGUCGUUGUGCGUGGAAACUCAGUACGGCCAGGAAGUGUACGCUUUGAAAGAGAUUGGAGUGGAGGACUCGAUUGGGAUUUUUCGAAAGUCGUCGAAGCCGUUGGUAAUUACCGGCGAAGGGCACCGGAUACCGUUCAAAAGCAACACUUUUGACUUCAUCUUUGUGGGUGGAGCCAGACUGGACAGGUCAUCUAAGCCGUUGGAUUUUGCAGGGGAGAUCGUACGGACGCUGAAAUCCAAGGGGUUUGCUGUAGUCCAUGUGAAGGCUAAAGAUACGUAUAGUUUCAAUUCUUUUGUUGAUUUAUUCAAUUCUUGUUGUAUAGUUGUGAGUUCUCGUGAUAUAGAUGGUUUUGAUUCUUCAAUGCCUUAUAUUAGAGAAAUAGUGUUAAAGAAAGAAGAUGAAAUUGAAAAAGACAUCAUUUUUGGUCAAGCGGGACACAGAUUGAAUCAACCCAAUGUUAAUUCGGAUAAUAAGUGUUGGGUUCCGGGAUAUAAACAAGAAUUUGUCCGGAAGGUUGAACCAUUGAUUCUAGAAGAGCCAUUGAAGCCAUGGAUUACUUUGAAACGAAAUAUAAAGAAUAUAAAGUACUUAACUUCCUUGGCUGAUAUAAGUUUCAAGAACAGAUAUGUGUAUGUUGAUGUUGGAGCUCGGAGUUAUGGUUCUAGUAUAGGGAGUUGGUUUAGGAAGCAAUACCCAAAACAGAACAGAACUUUUGAAGUGUAUGCAAUUGAGGCUGAUAAAACAUUUCAUGAAGAGUAUAAAGCAAAGAAAAAAGUUAAAUUGUUACCUUUAGCAGCUUGGGUUAGGAAUGAGACGUUGUCCUUUGAAAUUAAUCGUGACCUUGGUAAGGAGGUUAAAGUUAAAGGUCGAGGAAUGGGUAGAAUUCAGCCUGUGCAAACAUCGCUUUCAGAUGGUGGUUUUGAUGGCGAAGUGGAUAUUAUUCAGGGGUUUGAUUUUGCAGAUUGGUUGAAGAAGACAGUAACAGAGAAGGAUUUUGUUGUGAUGAAGAUGGAUGUUGAAGGGACUGAGUUUGAUUUGAUUCCAAGGUUGUUUGAAACUGGGGCAAUAUGUUUGAUAGAUGAGAUCUUUCUUGAGUGUCAUUAUAAUAGGUGGCAGAAGUGUUGCCCUGGUCAGAGGAGUUCAAAGUAUGAGAAGACAUACGGGCAGUGUUUGAAGUUGUUUACUUCUAUCAGACAAAGUGGUAUUAUUGUUCAUCAAUGGUGGUGACUGGUAUUGAUUCUACACAUUCUCUGUAAUUUUUUAAACCCUAGAUAUUUCCUGUCUUUUUUUUUUUUUUCAAACUUUACCAUGAAAGUGUUGUGAAGUUCUUUUAAGAAUUGCAACUGCAAAUGAAAAUUCCAAUACAUGAUUUUAGGAACUUAAAUGGUCUGCUGUUCUAGUAGUGUAUAAAACUAUGAAGUACAGGCUUUAAUUUCUGCAAUUAAUGAAUGUUUGAGUUUGACUUGUUA